UGGAAAUUGCUGAACAAAUAGUUUAACUUGGAUCUUUUCUGAAACUAUCUCCGAAGGAUUGCCGGAAAGAAAAUGGUUAGAAUAUAUUGAGCGAGAAAAAGGGCGUAACAGAAAGAUAAAGGAAAGAAGUGAGAUAAUGAGUAAAAUGAAAGAUGUACGAAUCUGCCGAUAUGAAAGCUAGCUCUGCAAGAAUUCCGCUGUGACCGUUUUGAUUGGUCGACCGAGGCAAGGCGGAAAAUUUAAAUUUCCUUCUCCUUUAAAUACGUCUUGUCAUGGCUCGCAUAGAAAGGUUUUAGUCCCCCCCUCCCCCCACUGUCUUUUGCAAAUUGAUUUUACAAAAUAUGGAUACAGCAAUCCCCCAUAAUUUAGGCUUGGAUUUAGUGCAACAAAGUGACUUAUUCGUUAAGGAAGCUUUGGAAAGCUUUGAAGAGCAUUUCACCUGGCUUGAUGAGAUUUUAGAGACAGCUAAAGCUGCUUUUCAAAGUUCUCAGAUCCAGGUAUUGCCCAAAACACCAUCAGCUCGACAGCGCCGUCCCCAGAGAAGACAGAGUGAGCUUCCUUCAUUUAUAAGGAGAUCCAGCAUUUGUGUUGGAAAGACUCUUCACUUUUCUGAAACUGAUAAUUCAUCUUGUAAUGAUGAAAAUAUCCCACCUGAAGAAGAAUCAGAUGGUAAUACUAGCAGUAGGUAUUCAACACGCUCUACCAGACAAAGAACCGUGCAAAUCUCAAAGGCAAGAAAACAACCUGCAAGAGGAAAAUCUAAAAGGAAAUGUUCUAAUUUAACAUCUCCCCAAAAUGGCCAAGUGUCAACCUCAAAUAUUGAAGAUUCUGUUUCACCUGCCAAAGAACCACUCUCUCCUCAGAAGCCUUUGACUGACUCAAAUGGCUCAAAAACUGAGAACAAUCCUAUCACCAAUGCAGCUGAAGUAUCUCCAAACAAUAGCGUGGCUUCAAAGGUUGAGUGUGAAAAGCAAGUUUCUCCAUUGAAUAGGGAACACAGGGUUGACAAUAGCAGCUAUGUAAUAGAAAGUGAAAAUCCCUCAUCAGAUAUCCCAAACAUUGAUGAUGCACAAAUUUGUGAGGAUACUUCAAAGACUGAUGAAUCUAAAAAUGGUGAAGAUAUCCCAAAGACCGAUGAUUCUCAAAAUUGUCAGGAUAUUGCCAAGACUGAUAAAUCUGAAAAUUCUGAAGUUGUCCCAAAGAUUGAUGAAUCUCAAAAUAGUCAGGAUACUGUUCCAAUUCAAAAUACUGAAACGGCAAACUCUGAUUCUGGAUUACCAAGUGAUACUAAAAGCUCCAGCAGUAACUCUGAAGUAUCAAUUCCGGCUGAAAAAUCUUCAUCUUCAGAGGAAGUUCCACAAGCUUCAAGUCCUGAAAGGCCCCGCACCAGAACCAGGCAGAUGCAACGGCAAGCUAAAGCCGUUGCUGCUGCACUUAAUGAUGAUAAUCAGACUUCUGAUGAUUCUAGGCCAUGUACAAGAAGUCGCGCACGCAAACGGACAAGUGAAGAAGUGGAAAAUGCUUUUACAACUGACACAAAACGACAUUGUGCAGAGGAAAUGAAGGAGUCUAGCCACAAAGAUGUUGCAUCUCAAGAACUUGAGGACGAUGCUGAUUGUGAGGACUCUGAAGAUGAAAGUGAAUCCAAAGUCAAAUCCUUAAUUAAUGUACACACUACCCCAUCAAAUCUAUCUACACCUAAACACAAUGGACUUCACAGUUUGCUUUUGAACUCCAGUUAUUCCUUGGCCAACAGGAGCUUUAAUCGAAAUAAUUACAGCUUGAGCAAGUAUGUACAAAAUGGCACAUUUACAGGUUCUGCUCAGAAGAAUAAUACUCACUCUCGACUUAAAAUUUUAUCAAAUUUUGGUAACUUCAAAUCUUUUCUUAAGAAAACUGCAACUCCAAUUAAAGCCGUAACUUCACAGGAAAUAAUUGAACUAAAAAAGCGUGAAUUAGAAAACAAGGAGCGUAAAGAGAAAGAGAGGAUGAUGAAGCGAGAAGAAAUUCAGCGGCUCAAGUUGGAUGAACAGAAAAGAAAACGAGAGGAGCGCAUGCGAAAGGUUGCUGAAACUCGUGAAAUAAAAAUGAUUCAAGAACAAGUUCAGAAGGACAAGAAGACCAAAAGACUUGAAGAAAAAUUCAAUACCACUGAUCGUAUACGAGAGGAAAAAUUGCGAGAAGAUAGAGAAAAAGUGCGGCUUAGGUUAAAGAAACAGCAAGAAGCUGAGGAAAGAAGAAAAAUAGAAGAGAAAGAAAGAAAUCGGAAAAGGAAAGAGCAAGAAGAAGAACAACUGCGACAGCAAUCCAUUCUCCAGAGGAAGAAGGAAUUUGAAGAGCAAGAGAGGUUGAAAAAGGCUGCUGAAGAGAAACGCAAGAUUGAAGAACAAAGGGAAAGGAAGCUGGAGGCUGAAAAAGAUAAGCUCAUUGAUUUGGAGAAACGAAAACGGUUUGAGGAAGAACGAGAAAAAGAAAGACUUCGCUUCAAAGCAGAAAGAGAAAAGGAAUUGGCUAAGCAACGUGCUGAACGUGAACGUUAUUUAAAAGAAAAACAAAAGGCUCAAGAAGCAGGUCUGGAGAGGAUUCGAGAAAUGGAACGGGAACGAUUACUUUAUGAACAGAGUUUACAAGAAAAAAAACUUGAGAAAGAUCAACAAAUCCAAAAACUUCUUGGUUCAGAAACCACUGCACAUCAGAAAGUGGUUAGCCACAAUACUACUAUUACCAUUGAAAACCCUACUGAAUGCUCCAAAUCUGAUAAAAAAUCUGAAAGUUAUGAAAUGACACCACACAAAAGUUCCUACAAUAGCUAUGACAUCGAUGACUUGAAGUCUGAUGAUUCUACUGAUGAAGAAUCUAGUCCUCAAAAACCAAUUCCCAAAUGGGCUCAAGGUCCUGAGCUGAAAAUUGCUCUCUUUGCACAACAUUUUAAUCCACCAAAUUUGGAUAAAAUCUUUCCUCCAGUAGAAAUUCCUGAUCUCAAUGAAUUGUUUGUAAAAAAGAAAGCUCACUUUAAUCACCGUUCUAGUUCUGCCCACUGGGACUCCCCGAUAUUACGAUCACAUCUUCCUGUCAUACACUAAAUUUUGAUUGGAAGAAUAUCAAUAAAAAAAAUAAAAGAAUAAAGCAAAGGGGACGCCACCCGAGACUUUUC